GAUAUGAUGCAUCAAUCAUCUUAAUUCCACACCACGCUGUUUAACUUAUUAUGGAUUUAGCCGAUCAAAUCGAUGAUUAUAUUUGUACAUUUGAAGGUCUUGGUGAUAUAACAAUGGAUUCAUUAGCUAUGUUCAUAUUUAUAUGGGCCGUUCUGGCUCUCUUCUUAGUAUGGCUGUGUAAAUUUUUAUACCAGAAAUAUAUGGUUAAAGAAAAGCCCGCCAGUGCCAGUAAUAGUCGACAGAGCAGUGUUGCUCCUGGUGGAGCCGGUAUUAAAACUGAAAAGCGUUUAUCGGAACCCCGUGAUAUUUUGGCUAGUAAAAGUGAAAUUAAAGAUUUACUAAAUAAACCAUCGGCUGGUGGUGUUGGUGGAGGACGUGGUCGUACCCCCGGUCCGGGUGGUAUUGGCGGUGUUGGUGGUAGUCUGGGUAUGGGUGGUGCGGGUGCACGUAGACGUGUGGUGCGUCAGAGUUCGACCGGACCGGAAAAUCGUAAAAAGCGUUAUGUACCACCACCAUCAAAUGUUGUUGGACCCGAAACAACUUCCGUAACCUGGACCAGCCAAGUUUUCCGUUGGCUCUACAGCGAUUUGGUUAUUGUCAAUGAAUUGCUUAUGGCCUGGGUGAUUUCCUUAAAUGAUACCCUACGCAAAAACACUGAUGAG